AGUCCCUCAGGCAUGGAUUCAUUGACAAGCCUUGGCUCGUUCAGUACCAGUCGUUCUGCUAAGAAAGUAUUUAAUUUAUCAGAUAUUUAUUUAUGGCAAAACUAUCUCAUGUUUGCUUGUACUGUCCAUCCUAUCUCCGCCAUUGACCAGCCUUCGUGUGAUACUGACAAUGGGUAAGGUUUGUUUCAUAUUUACUGCAUACUUUUGUUCUGUUCACUUACAAAUAGUGCACAAUCCUGGACAACAGGGUCUUAGCUAGAGGGCCGUGUUGGCCGUGUUAUCGCGGCCAAAAGUGGAAAAACACGGCUAGAUAAAAUGAACGCGGCUUCACUAUUUAUAUGAGGCAGUGUAUGUUCAUAAAAUAAGGUGGUGCAUGCUACUUACAACAGACAGAAUUUCUUCCUAUUUACGUCGUAAGAAACUUUGUAAAAUCUACUGUUGUUGUUGAAUUGGCAAAAGUGAUUCGUGAUGUUUUAAUAUUUUGAUGGAUAAUGGGAACUGUAUGGUGUUAAAAUGGUUUUAAAUACCCCCAAGAGUUGCUGAAAUAACUUAAUAUUUUAAUGUCGGUGCGCAAUAUGAGCGUAUGCUCGCCUUGUAUAUUUGGUUGCAAAGCAUAGAACAACGACAAGCAUUAUUGUUGGCGAGCAAAACUAGAACCGUGAUUUUGCUAUUCAAGGUAAUUGACAUCUGCACGCCCUGGUCAUUAGAAACACGCCCAAGAUCUAAAAUCCUAGCUAAGACCCUGCUGGACAACAAACACUCGAACGCUGUUUCUUCAGGCUGACAAUUACAUAUCAUGGCUGCUUUCAUCUACAAAAUGGUUGCAUCCCCCCCCCCCAGGUACAAUGUUGCUGUCUCAAAUGUCAACAGUUAUAUAGUACCAGGGGAAGGGGGAUGGAUUUUUGGAGGAUAUAUUAGAAAUUGUGCAACACUAUUUUAUAUUUAAUGUGUUUGUCCGAGUGAUUUUGUCCAGUACAGUAGAUAAGCAUAUACAUAUGUUUAGAAUCUCAACUGAAGGGAUGUCCAAGGAACAUUAUCUGUGCCUUAGAGACCUUUUGUAUACAGUUUCUCAAAUGUGUAUUCGUCACAGUAUUUUGUUUUACAUGUUUUAGAAAUUCCUCAGAUGAAGGGAAGUCUGAUCCAAGGGUAAGUUGAACGUUUUACUGAAUGUGAAAUAAUUCGUUAGGACACAGGGUGGAAACAAUUCUAUUCUUUAUCUAUAGUCAUCUAGUCGUGACGGAGCAUAAACUUUAUUUGAAGCUGCUCCAGUGCGUACUGAUGAAUCUACAGUAGUCCAUUUAUCUGUACAGAAUGACGUUACAUAUACGACGUUGUGUUCCCCACUGAACUCAAUACAUAUAAGAAUUUGACAAUAUUACACUGAGACUAACUAUGAUUUAUCUCUGAUUUAUAUAGCCAUCCACUCCUGAUAGAGUGGAAUGUUUGUUCAGAUUUGCAGUCGCCUUAGUGCGUAAUGAGUCCAGUGAAAUAAGGAAUGCUGUGAUCAAGUGCCUCGGCCGAGUCAGUCCUGUUUCAUACAAGUAAGCAGCAUUGGAAUACGAACUUGUAGUGUACAAAUUUGCUCGAAUCUUGAGUUACUGAAAUAUUUUUCGUGCUGUCCGAAACGGGAAUUGAACCCACGCACGGUCUCUGGUUAAUUAAACCUCCCAGAGGUCUACGAGUGUCUCAAUUUCGGGCCCGCAGUAAUUGGCUAUUCGCUGUUGCGGUCACCCAGCCGUGGUCAUGUACCUACUGUAUUUCAUUAUGUACGUUUGUUUUUGUCCUGUCAUGUAAUGUACUGUUUCAUCGGCAAAGUUUAUAAAUUAAAAAUUAAAAAUUAAUCAGACACCUAGAAAAGCUGAGUGGUCAGAAUGCUGGUACAUUGACGCAUGGACGGAGCGCUAUUUUUCCUUUCAAUUUCAAAUUCUUAUUCAAAAUGUUUUGAUUACUGUCAACUGAAGAUGAAUUUUUCAGUUAGGUGAAGAUAAAUUUGGUCUCGGCUCAAGGUUCUUCUACAGGCAUUAAUCCAGAAAGUCAUAUUUCAGCAAGUGAUAUUCGACUCCAUGUGGAUAUCUUAAUUAACAUGCAUCAUUCUAUUUUGUUAUUUUUUGUAUAAUUAAAUUUUAAAUUGCAUUUCUUCCAAAACUAUCGUGCAACUAAAUUUUUAUCGUGGAACUAAAUUUUGGUUUUCAAUUUCCAGGGAGUUUUUUGACGAGCUUCAAGUAUCGUUGUUACAGUAUGUGUUGGAGAAACGUACGGAGGUAAUACAUUAAACUUUGUGACUUUCCAUAUGAAUGUUCCCAAAUAACAUCAAAAUUUUGGGCAGUUUAGCGUUAUUAGCGACCUUAAGCAUGCAUGUAAGGCAACGCGACGACGACGGCAAACAAACGCGUUGAACUAAAUGAUUGUAAAAAAACUUUCAGAUUAUGUCUUGCCAGGUAAGGUUGAGAUUUUGGAAUAAGGAUAGGAUUAGAGUUACUAUUUCUGUGUUGUACAUCAAGUAUUUGCUAUUCCAGUUCUGAACUGUUUGAAGCUCGAUGUCCUGGACGCAAGACAAUGAAGAUAUACAAGGAAAACAUCAGAAACUUGCGAUCCUGAAAAACUGUUCACGCAAAAUAAAUGAUCGAAUUCCUUCUUUCACGUGUACGUAAAAGAUUCAAAACCAUGUGAUCAUCACGAAUCACGAAUUGAGAAAACCAUCGAAUAUGUUUCAAGGCUAUGGAAAAUAAACCCUAUCGCACUCACACGAAAAGUAUUGACGGCCCUCAUGAAAUGGAUUGUUUGAAGUUUCUAUGCAUUUUUGCCAUUUAGAGUAUGAGAAAACGUAAGAAAAGAGAUAAUAUACGAACAUAUCUUGCAAAAAUUUUCGAGUUGAAUGCAGAACAUGGCUGCUUCAGAGAAAGGUGCGUCCUGUUGUGUAAAUUUAUUUCCAAAAUAUUUUCUCCAAGAGAGGUGAUGAUCGUGGAAUCAUAACCAGAAUUAUAAUUCCUAGAACUGAAAUCCAUCACAGUCUCACCUGCUGAGCGAUGUGAUUCUAUGCGGUCGCCACAAGAUGACAAUAAUGUAAUUUAGUAUAAGUGAACAUAACAAAUCCUACACGUUGAUUGGUCAAAUUUGACGUAUUAAUCUGUUAUAUUCACCUACAGGUGAAUAUAGCAAAAUCGAAAUUUUCAAAAUGGCGGCUAGCCGUUUUGUUGAAGUUAGUGAUAAAGAAAUAAGCGAAAUUAAAAUGAAUUCUGACCAGAAAAACACAAAAAAAACUUGUGCAAAAAUACUAAAACAAUUAUUCGCCCCCCAGGCUCGGUGAUUAUCGGGGAAUAUUCACCUCGACUUCGUCUCGGCGAAUAUUCCCCGAUAAUCACCGAGCCUCCGGCGAAUAAUUGUUAAUUAUUGUUAUUUAUCAUCUUUGGAGACCAAAAUUCAAAUUAUUUUUGAUAAAUUUUCCUAAUCGAAGAUUCAUUGUUAAUUGAGCUUUUAUUAUAUAAUGAGCCGUAUAAUUUCUCCACUCCUGUUGCUCAAAUGCGAAAAACGUGAACAAGUUUUCAAGUUUUCAAGUUUCACCCCGAGUAAAUCGCAUCGGUCAGCAGGUGACACUGUGCCUUUAAACUAAAGAAACCCACCACAAGUUAUCAGGGACAGUUUGGUAAAGCCAUAUACUACAGCGUAUCAACGUAAAAAAUAAAGAUUACUAAUCCAACAAUAUGUGAAUAAAACAUUAUGAUGAAUAAUUCGAAUAUGGCCUGGUUAUCCAAGUUGUUUUGUACCAUAUAAAACAAAAUUUGUACAAAAUAAAAUAUGUAAUUUAGACAUUGGAAGGAGCCGUGCAGACAGCCAGAUUCAGACAAUAUAGAAAGUAAUAAUUGAUAUUAUUUAUUAAAAAAAUUCCUGGUUUCUGAUUGGCUAACAGCCAACUGUGAAAUUGUCAUAUCAACUCAAUGGCUAACCAAAUACGGAUUUUUCUCAUUCAUAUUAGCAAAAUGACGCCGAAGAGUCAAUAUGAAAAACAUUUGGACGCGUUUGCGCCAUAUUACUAUGACGACGAGAAUCAUAUUGACUCGCUGACGCCAUUGAUAUGACGCGACGACGGCUGCCGAAGGACUAAGCAAUUGUUUUUUUCUUAAUACAAAUAAAAUACAAAUGUUUGUUUUGAAUUUUUUAAAUAAAUAAUAAAACAAUUAUUGAAUUCGGUUUUCGCACAAUAUGAAGAAUUAUCAAGCCCUCAGUUUGCCGUUAUAACGGCAAACUUCGGGCUUGAUAAUUCUUCAUAUCGUGCUCAACCUCAUUCAAUCAAUAAUUGUUAAAUACUGUAAUCCACUUUAUAUAUUGUUAACUGUGCAAGUUUAUGUUCUUUUUUUACUUAACAAUAUAUGCAUGCAUGGUGUUAAUUUUAUUUUCUAAUUUAGUCCUAGCGUUCUAUCUGAAGAAGGUGCUUUAUCUCCGAUAUUUGUGGAAUAUAUUGAAAACACAAGGUAUGUUAGAUAUCAUGCUCAUACAAUUACACCCGACUCUUGGUGAGUGAAGGUAAAAGGGAAGUGUUGGUCGCGUUCGUUAUGAUCGUUGCAACGCCACGUUUCUGGACAAGGUGACCGGCCUCUCUAUAGGUAGACAACGCAACAUUCUAUUCAAACAAACGCAUGAUGGCAUUGUCUACAUGCAUGUAUCAGAAAGGCCAGUCAAUCAGUCUAGAAAUAUCACGUCGAAAAGAUUACAACAGCAUCUAACAAUUACGUCAACGUUCAACUUGAAUCUACUGUAUCGUCGUGUUGCUAUCCCUAGUAAUCCACUUGAAGUAUCUCUGGUAAUUUACCGUUUGUUCUAUCCUUAAUCUGGGUUCAGUAGCCUGUAUGGUCCUAGUAUUUGUAAGCAUAAGAUUUUCCCACUGGAAUACUUUCAGCUUCUGCGACAAGAUAGUGUCCCUGCUGGAAUAUUCAAGCCAAAAUUUCGAACACAUGGAAAUAAUGUGGGGUUUUUUCAUAUUUAGAUUAUAUUUCUGCAGUGGUGAGGCUGAUAGAGAUCCAUCCGCGGUUCAUCAACUUAAAUUAAACUUUGCAAGAUUUAUUCAUAAGAUGAUAAAGAGUUUUCCACGUAAGUUGAAUUACUUUUAACAAUUACAGGUAAACUACGUGAAGCGUUCCUCUUUUGACUUCCUAACUCAUUUGGAAUUUUCCUCAUUAGCUUUCAAUGCAAAUUUGAAAAACUCUUUGCAAAUCCCUUGAGGGAAUUUGCAAUGUUCCUAUCGGCUGUUGCAAUAUUCCAAUGCAAAAAAACUUCAUUUUAAAUUUUCCUAACUUCCUGUUUUAAUUUCCUGACUUCCUGUUCUGUUCUGUUCUGUUCUGUUCUGUUCUGUUCUGUUCUGAGUGUUGUCAUUGGUGGAUUAUUUUUGUCAGCCAAUACAACGCGCAGAACAGAACAGAACAGGAAGUUAGGAACUUGUAACAGGAAGUUAACAAUUUUUAACAGGAACAGAGGAAAAUUUAAUCGGCUUUUAGCAACAUUGCGAAUUCCCUCAAGGGAUUUGCUAGGGAGUUUUUUAAAUUGCAAAGGUAAUGAGGAAAAUUGCAGUCAAUUUAGAAAGUCAAAAGAGGAACACUUGAUAUAGUUUACCUGUAAUGUACAUGUGGCAAGAUCGAUUCUCCUUCACAUGUGCAAUUUCUCUCACCGUUUUUGGUAACAGAAUAACACUUUUGGAGUUGAUUCAAACUUCUUGAAAUUUACAGUUAUAAAACUAGGCUAUACAUAGAGAAUAAUAUCUCACGAGUGAGCGCAGCGAACGAGUGAGAUAUCAUGUUCAACACGAGAAAUAAAUCUGGUAUUUCCAAACACCCAUGUAUUUUUCUGUUUAUUAUAUAAAGGACAGUCUUUGAAAAGCGAUAAUUUUUACAGAAAAGCGAUCAUUGAAAAGCUAUAAUUUCACAUGUGAGAUUAUCUUGAAUAAUCUCACAUGUGAGAUUAUCACUUUUAUCAGUGCUCGAAAUCUCUAUAAAGCACUAUACUUUAUAUAAUAUAAAUUAAUACAUUGAAUUUCAUAUAGCGCACUCACACCCAAAUGCAUUUUACAUAGUAAAUAUAUGAUUAAUAUAUAUACACAACUAAAAAUUGAAAAUUGAUUAACCUAGGAGUACCAAAUAAUUAUACGCAACCAAACUGUACACGCAAGACUAACAAGGUGUACGUGUCUUGAGUUUCUGCUUAAAAAUGACAAUACUACGCCUAAUGUCAGCUGAUGGCAGUCGGCGGUAUAAACAUACCUACGAAUUUGAAAAUAUUCUUAAAGUGAUAAAAAGCAGAUCCCAAAAACUUGGGAACUCAUUGAUAUGCUGCUCAAAGUUCAUUGCUCUGUCGAACACAACUCAAUAUUCCGUGCAGAUGGACUCACUGAAAUUGGGAAGUGCCCGACUAUGAUUGAUUCCUAGGAUAUAGCUGUGGGCAAUGUUUUGAGUACAGUACAAUAAAUACAAUAAUUUAUAUUGUUCUACGCGAAGGUAUAGUUACAUUUAUCUUGCAAGUUUAUUUGAUUCUGUUUGCAGAUUCCACGCUUUGCACAGGACAACUUCUGACGAACGAACUCAGAAGAAACCUGUUUUCCCUCUUGAGUUCAUGGUUUUCUAAAACUGGCACUUCUCCACCAGUUGAAAAGUAUGUAUCUUAUGGUUCUUCAAUGCCAUUUUCUGUCAUUGAAAUAAUAUUCAUGUGAUGUUUGUUUUAUUUAUGCUCUUUAUAAUUAAUUAAGUUAUGUUACUUUUCGUACCAAUUUUCCAAUAGACAUCUUCAACUGAAAAUAUUUCUCAUAAUGAGCGUUCAGUAAAACUUUCCAAUAGACAUCUUAAUUCAACUGAAAAUAUUUUUCAUAAUGAGCGUUCAGUAAAACUUUCCAAUAGACAUCUUCAACUGAAAAUAUUUCUCAUAAUGAGCGUUCAGUAAAACAUAAAAUCAACCCGACAAUUCGCAGCGUGUAAACAUGCACCUUUAAAAUCCCAGAAAAUAAAAAUGUGACAUGAUAGCAUUUUUCUCCGAAUUAACUAAAAUGUUUCUUACAGAAUGAGUUUAUUGCCACCUGAUAAAAGAAGUGAACUGGAAAUUGCUGCAAUUCAGGUAGAUAAUCCAAAAUUUUUUAGAACCACUGAGUAUUUUAACAAAAUACAAAACAAGUGUAACUCCAAAGAUCGAUAACAUUUUUAUAUUUAUCAAAUAUUAUAUUUAUCUUUGGAAAAUAUUAAAAAAAUGUUAUCGAUAUAAAAAUAUAAAAAUGUUAUCGAUCUUUGGAGUUGCACUUGUUUUGUAUUCAGGUAGAUAAUGUUAUAUAUAGUAUGGAUACUACACUGUGCGCUCUAAAAACCUGGGUAUACGCGAAGUCACGUAUUGUAUACGAAUGCGUUAACUGUAUGUAAGAACUACUGUAUCAACCAUAGAUGUUUUCCUAUUUUCGUCAAGAUAGUGGCUAUCCAGUGAGGGACACAAAAUCUAAGAAAAUUUUGUCCAGACUUGCAGCUUGAUUUAAAACAGAAAUAUCAUCUGCAUACAGUAUACUGUAGUGCCCGUGUGAUACUAAGCAUGGUUUUAAACUUAAUCCCGCCAGUAUAAACCAUACGUUGUUCGUCACAUGUGUGUAAAGGCCUCGACUACAGUAUCUACCGAUAUUUCCACCGUUGACCAUGUACUUGUUGGCAUUCUUGUAUAAUCAUGGGAACUUAUCUUACUAUACACACUUCUUGUCAAAUAUACGACAGUAUAAUGUUUGAGGAUCUUGGCUUGUUAAAUUUUUAGGCUCUAUGUGCUGUACUUUGCUGUGGCCCUGUAUUCGACAAAUGUGGACUCACUAAUGAUGGUUAUUUUUAUAAAUGGAUUGAAAAUGUAUUAUGUUCCCCGGACGAAAACGUAUGUAAUACAGAAUAUGAUUGCAGUAUAUAUAAUCUCAAAUAUAUAUGGGGUUAACCUUUUGAUCUCCCUUAUUCGUAUAUUAUUUUCCUCACAUGAAUAAAAGAAUGCUGAACGAUAGUUUCUUGGAAUUUUGUCAAAACAUUUUUUUAUCAAAUUUUGUACAUCAAGGAUUUGCGAACAUUUUACAAUACUUUAUACUUUGUAGUUUGGUUUUAGUUGCUUUCGAUAAUUCCAGUUAUCACAAAAACCUCGUCCUAUAAUUGUUUAAUAUUUGUUGUAGAUAAAUUGUAUUGGUCAAGAAACAUUAGAACUUUUGCUGGACUUGAACGAUGAUGUUCCAUCAGUGUUAGAAUGGGUUAUUAAUAAAUGUUACACUGGAAAUAAAGUGAUCUCGAACAAAUGUUUUCAAGCUCUUACAACUGUCAUGAUUAGAAGGUGAGCUGAGAAAACAUGCAUUUCUGAACGUUCUCUCUCGUCAGUCUCACUGUUGCGGCUAAAGACCUACCUAAAAUGAUCAUGUUUUGUGGCUUUCAGAAACAAAUCAGAAACAAAAAAAAUGAUCAUUGUUCGUGACUCGUUCUUUAGAAAGACGAUUUCUAUAGUUUUAUUGUCUUUCAUUGUUAUAAUCAACCAACCACGAGCCUGGAUAGUAUAGGUAGAUGAUGACCCAUUGUUGUUUAUCAAGAUAUGAUAGUUUGGAAACUUAACAGAAGUGAUUAUGUUAUGUUUUUGUCUGAGUUUAUUUUUUAAUCAAGUUGAGACAAAUUAUUUGUGCACGGUGAGAACAGUUCAACAUCAAACAAAAAUCUUCAAAUUUGUAGCUUUGAAGUUUUGUCUGGCUUCCAGACCAUCAUCAUAUCUUGACAGACUCAGGCUGUUAUGAAAGUAGAUGGAAUUUUCGAACGAAUAUUUACAUACAAUUUUUAUAUAAUUGAUAUUCAUUUUCGUUCGAAAGUUCCAGAUACAAAAAUCUCUUCCACAUUCAGUACUAUCGAACGAGAUGCCAAAAUCUGGUUAUGAAAAUAAUACAGUUUACCGGAUUGUGUUGUUGUAGGACGACGAUUUCCUUUUCUCUCUUCGCCAUUUAAAGUCCCAUUAACUUCGGAUACGAUUUUUGGUAUGUGUAUAAUAGUUGGGUCAUCUGAAGAAGAGAUAUACUGUAAUAUAACCUUGAUUAAAUUAAUAGUAAAAAAUCUCAUUCUAUCGACUUUUUCACUGUCAAAGUUGCCUGAUCAGUCAGUGGAUAACAACAUAUCUGUGAGCUUUGACAGCGAAAAAAUAAUCAAGAUGAUGUUUUUUCACUAAAAUAUUACACGUACCGAAAAUCUGUGCAUCUUUGUUUGUGACCUCCAGAAUGAAAAGGCUCAUUGGUCACUUUCAACCAAAAGUGUCUAAUAUCCAACAGUUUUGAAACAUUUUUAGAAGAAAUCGAACUUUCGAACGUGCAAAUUUAUUCCUUCCUCCGUUAAUUUUCAAUGUCGCUGCUGUUGUUGAAAUGUGUUUUGUGUGUGAUCAUAUUAAAAAAAGGCUGGUGUCUUCGUUUUGGAAAAACAUUAUAUUUCCUCCUUCUGUGGCGCAGUCGUCAGAGCACGCGGCUUUCACCUCUGAGUUUGUGGCUUUGAUUCUCGCUACGGACUCGUGUGAAAAGAGUCAGUCAACGCUCUGCCCAAACUCGUGGGUUCUCUCCAGGUGUUCCGGUUUUCUCUCACUGGGAAAGUUGACAGGGUGGGUUAGGAUAAUAUCACAAUUAAGUUCUUUGUAGGUUUGCAUGGCGAUAAAACAUAUAAUACUUUAGUUUGUGGAAACACCAGGUAAAUUUAUUACUGCAAAGCACUGAUGAAGAUCCGGGCUUACGGAUCGAAAGCUUUGCAGUAAUAAAUUUACGUGUAUGUUUCCACAAACUAAAGUAUUAUAAUAUCACAGUUGUUGUAAAGUUAAAAUGGUCUAGGCUAAGCAUGGAUAAUAAAAUAAAUGGAUAGGAAACUUCUGACGUCAUUGGCCGCAACCUUGUUGAAAAACGUGACGUCACGUGUAUUGCGAAUAUUACCAAAGUUCUCGGCAUUUUUGUUGUUUUGCUAUAUUUUCCACUUUAAAAGGGUGAUAUUGAAGCAUAAACUGGUCUAAUUGUUUUAAAAACAUGCCUAAGCCACGACAAAGUAUUCAAGGUAAAUGUUUUUCGUCUUUGUUUUGUAUCUUUUUACAUUUGUAGCUACGAAAUUGGCGUCACAAAUUUCAACGAAAUUUGCGAUGUAGUUUUCACUGUUUAGUGCUUGAAAUAUUUGCUAAAAUUGACUGGGAAUACUUAGAGUUUUCAUCGUAGAAUGGCGUGGUUAUAUUUAUUUGCUCUUUGACUAAAAUGUCUAGCUGUAUUAUUGCUAAACAUGCCGUUUUUGAGAAUUUGGUUUUCAACUAGGUUGAGGCAUCCAACCACGCCAUCAGUCCAUUAAAAACAUUAGGUCACGUCAGCUAGUUUCCUAUCCAUUUAUUUUAUUAUUCAUGGGCUAAGUAAGUAAUUAUUGUAGGUGAGCAUAAUACUUGACGUAAAGUACAUUUGAUCAUAUCUACAUGUAAAUUUAUGCUAUAGAAAUGUUAAUUGUAAUGGUAAGUCAUGUAUUUUGUUUCUCAGACCAUAUCCUUGUGAAGCUAUCGCUGUCAUCAGUGUUGUUUUGUUCAAGACAUCCAGUGCUGAUCCAGGAGAACGAGAGAAAGCUGCUCAGCUACUCCAGUUGUUGGAAAGGUAAGGAUUUUUGCCGCUGAAUUCUCAUAUAAAUUUUAUCGUGACCAAAACUAAUCCUGAAAUUACCGGCUACAUGUACAGAGGCAGCCCAAUGUUCGUGCUCGUGUGUUAAUAGACAGGUUCAGAUUUGUGUUGAUGUCUCCAUCCGUUGUGUUGAUGCCUAUGCCAAUGAACUGCAGUGUUCCAAUGAACUGCAGUGUUCCAAUGAACUGCAAUGUUCCAAUGAACUACAGUGUUCCAAUAAACUACAGUGUUCUAAUGAACUACAGUGUUCCAAUGAACUACAGUGUUCCAAUGAACUGCAGUGUUCCAAUGAACUACAGUGUUCCAAUAAACUGUAGUGUUUCAAUGAACUACAAUGUUCCAAUGAACUACAGUGUUCCAAUGAACUGCAGUGUUCCAAUGAACUACAGUGUUCUAAUGAACUACAGUGUUCUAAUGAACUACAGUGUUCCAAUGAACUACAGUGUCCCAAUGAACUACAGUGUUCUAAUGAACUGCAGUGUUCCAAUGAACUGCAGUGUUCCAAUGAACUACAGUGUUCCAAUGAACUACAGUGUUCUAAUGAACUGCAGUGUUCCAAUGAACUACAGUGUUCUAAUGAACUGCAGUGUUCUAAUGAACUACAGUGUUCCAAUGAACUGCCGUGUUCCAAUGAACCACAGUGUUCUAAUGAACUGCAGUGUUCCAAUGAACUACAGUGUUCCAAUGAACUGCAGUGUUCCAAUGAACUACAGUGUUCCAAUAAACUGUAGUGUUUCAAUGAACUACAAUGUUCCAAUGAACUACAGUGUUCCAAUGAACUGCAGUGUUCCAAUGAACUACAGUGUUCUAAUGAACUACAGUGUUCUAAUGAACUACAGUGUUCCAAUGAACUACAGUGUCCCAAUGAACUACAGUGUUCUAAUGAACUGCAGUGUUCCAAUGAACUGCAGUGUUCCAAUGAACUACAGUGUUCCAAUGAACUACAGUGUUCUAAUGAACUGCAGUGUUCCAAUGAACUACAGUGUUCUAAUGAACUGCAGUGUUCUAAUGAACUACAGUGUUCCAAUGAACUGCCGUGUUCCAAUGAACUACAGUGUUCUAAUGAACUGCAGUGUUCCAAUGAACUACAGUGUUCCAAUGAACUACAGUGUUCUAAUGAACUACAGUGUUCUAAUGAACUGCAGUGUUCCAAUGAACUGCAGUGUUCCAAUGAACUGCAGUGUUCUAAUGAACUGCAGUGUUCCAAUGAACUGCAGUGUUCCAAUGAACUACAGUGUUCCAAUGAACUACAGUGUUCUAAUGAACUGCAGUGUUCCAAUGAACUACAGUGUUCUAAUGAACUGCAGUGUUCCAAUGAACUGCAGUGUUCCAAUGAACUGCAGUGUUCCAAUGAACUGCAGUGUUCCAAUGAACUACAGUGUUCCAAUGAACUGCAGUGUUCUAAUGAACUGCAGUGUUGUAAUGAACUACAGUGUUCUAAUGAACUGCAGUGUUCUAAUGAACUACAGUGUUCCAAUGAACUGCAGUGUUCCAAUGAACUACAGUGUUCCAAUGAACUGCAGUGUUCCAAUGAACUGCAGUGUUCCAAUGAACUUUUCUUUUGGAUUUGUUACCAGUUUAAAUUUGUUUUUCACCUGUAUCCUUUUUUGUUGACAAAAAUAAUCCAUAUUUUUACCCAUGUUGCUGACACUGCGAAUUUAGGGUGUGUUUUUUGUCACGUCCGCAUUCUAGAUUUACCACAUCUGGCAGCCUGUUGUUACAAAAUAAUUUUAAGCUUGCUAUUACUAAGUGACAGUUAGAGAGUGUGAAUGCUGAUUUUGAUGAACCUAUCUCAAAUUUAAUUCCAAAUUUAAUCCCGAGUUGUCUUAAUGCUAGGGGUUUUAAAAUAGCAUUACUUAAUAUAGUCGGUCUUCCGAAUCAUGUUGACGAAUUACGCAUAUCUAAACUCUUUCUCCAUUUUGACUUGCUUGCUUUGAAUGAAACUAGACUGGAUUCAACAAUUUCGGAUGGUCUAGUAAAAAUUCGUGGCUACGAUAUCGUCAGGAACGACAGAUCACGUAAAGGGGGAGAUGUUUGUAUCUACCUCCGUAGUACUAUCAACUAUAAAAUUCGAUAUGAUCUGGUCCCUGAUGAUGUUGAAGCAAUUUGUUUGGAAAUUUCUAAGCCAAAUUCUCGAAACUUUAUUGUUGCAUCCGUCUAUCGACCACCGAGCUCCACACCUGAGUUUUUCCUAACAUUUGAAAAAUUGAUUGAUGACGAAAAUAAAGAACUUCACAUCUUAGGAGACCUAAUUUGUAAUAUGUUGACAAAUAUUCCUAAUCACCCAACUAAAACACUUAAAGGUAUUCUUGAAACAUAUCAACUAUAUCUCAACUCAUCACUGAGGCUACACAAAUAACAACUAGAUCAUGCACUCUUAUAGAUCAUUAUAUUACAUCUAUGCCAGAAAAAAUCGUUCAGUCUGGAGUAAUACCCACAGGAAUUAGUAACCAUAGCCUAAUCUUUGGUAUUAGGAAAAUAAAUCUUGUAUUAAGUACCCGCAAAAGUUAGAAAGUCGAAGUUAGAAACAUGAAACGAUUUAAUGAAGAGAAGCGCUUUAAUGAGGAUCUGUUGACCCAACCUUGGGAACAGACUGUACUAAAGUCAGAUACUGAUUCUAUGUGGGCCUGUUGGAAGGAAUUAUUUCUGGACGUUCUUGAUAAACAUGCCCCAAUUCAACAUAUUAGGAAACGGUCUUCUAGUGUACCGUGGGCGACCGCGCAUAUUUGAUAAAUAUACUUGAUAGAGAUAGAGAUAGAAAGAAACAUAAAGCGAUGGUGACAAAACAAAGUGCCGAUUGGGAUGUGUAUAAAACAUCUAGUAAUCGGGUAAAUAUUGCGACAUGCCAAGGCUGAGUAUUAUCGUACUAAAAUAGCUCACCAAAAAAAAAAUCCUAAAGAGGCAUGGAAAACAAUUAAUGAUUUAUUAGGCCGAUCUCCCAAUGACACCAUUGUGAAUGAAUUGAAGAUUAAUGAUUUUAAUAUUACUUCUACUGAAGAAAUGGCUAAUGCCUUCAAUGAAUAUUUUACUAACAGUGGCCCUAACCUAGCUAAUUCUAUCGACGAUUCCAAUUCCUCGUUUGGAAACAUUUGUUAAAUCUGCUGAAUCUAAAAUGGAUCGUUUUAAGCUGGUGUCAGUGGGUAAAGUAGUUAAGCUUUUGAAUGGCUUAUCCAAUGGUAAAGCCGCUGGUCUUGAUAAAAUAUCUGGUAAAAUUUUACAAGUUGCUGCUAGUACAAAAAUUGCCCCAUCACUUACGCAUAUUUUUAAUAAUGGUUUAAUUUCACAUUGUUUUCCAUAUAAAUGGCAAGACUUGUACCAAUUCACAAAAAAGGCCCGCGGAAUUUAACAGAAAAUUAUAGGCCAAUUUCCAUUUUGCCUGCAAUAAGUAAAAUAAUGGAAAGAAUAAUGUAGGCUAUGACCAGAUAUACCAAUAUCUUACUGAUAACUUUCUACUUUCUGAGCACCAAUUUGGAUUUCGCAAAUAUCACUCUACUGCCUCGGCAUUACUGUAGAUAGUACGAACAGCUGGUAUGUCAAUAUGGACCGCAAAAUGUUUAAUUUGGUUGUUUUGUUAGAUCUUAAGAAGGCAUUUGAUAUUGACGAUGGUAUUCUGUUGAGAAAAUUAGAACUUUAUGCCUCAAGGGUCUAUUCUUGGGCCUCUCUUUUUCCUCAUAUACAUGCAUAAAUGACCUUUCAGAAUGUUUAAAUCAUGCUACUCCUCGACUGUGUGCCGACCAUACCAAUCUUACAGUAGCUGGUGAACGUAUUCAGGAAAUUGAGUUGAACAUGAAUAGUGAUCUUACAUGCAUAAAUGAAUGGCUUUUAGCCAACAAACUGAGUCUUGAUGUUGCAAAAACAGAAUUUAUACUUAUUGGCUCAGCUCAUAAACUAAAUAACAUUGUUACACAGCCAGAUCUCAAAAUUAAUCAUGUAAAAAUUAAACAAGUCAAUAAAGCUACCGUACUUGGAGUAGAACUUUGACGAUAAACUAUCUUGGAAUAAACACAUCGAUAAAGUCGCUAAAAAAGUUACCUCAGGAAUAGGAGCCAUUAGGAAAAUUCGUGAUUUUGUUAACCGAGACACUUUGAUUUCUAUUUACAAUGCCUUAAUUAUUCCUCAUUUUGACUAUUGCAGUGAUGUAUGGGAUACCAUGGGUGUCGGACUUUCAAACAGGCUGCAAAAACUUCAAAAUAGAGCUGCAAGGGUAAUAAUGAACUUUAGUAAUGAUAUUUCUGGACCAGAAGCAAUAAAAGCGCUAGGAUGAAAAACUCUGGAGACUCGACGAGCCAAGUAUAAAGCUAAAACAAUGUACAAGGUUUUAAAGAACUUGGCCCCGAGUUCGCUUGCGGAACUGUUUGAACACAAGAGAAAUAAAAUAUUACUAAACACGACCUCAGGGCUCUUCUACCUCGCUGCAAUUGCCCCCAACCAAAAACUGAAAAACCAAAGAAAAGCUUACGACGGAGCUAAAGUUUGGAAUUCUCUACCUGCGGAUGUGCGUAAUUCGGAUACAUUGACAAUAUUCAAAGAAAGAAUUCGUGCUCAUGCCGCCUAAAUUCUUUCAGGCGUCAAAUUUUGAGUAGCACUUUUAACUUUUCUAUUUUAAAAACGUUAGCAUGCUGUUAUUGACACAUAUACUUGUUUGCGUAGCGUAGCGUAGCGUAGCGUAGCGUAGCGUAGCGUAGCGUAGCGCAGCGUAGCGCAGCGUAGCGCAGCGUAGCGUGGUGUAGCGUGGUGUAUCGUAGAUGUGGUAAAUUGUCCUGUAUAUAUGUAUGUAUGUAUGUAAUUGUGUACGUUUUUAUAUGUAAUUCACACAAUUCGUGGAAACCAACUUAAAGUUGACGAUGCUAGCGUGUGACUUUUAAAUAAAGUUUUACUACUACUACUACUAUCUAAAGGCCGAGACACGUAUCGCGCCGCGUUGUCGAAUCGCGUCCGGUGUGUCUCGGCCUUUAAGCUCUCUAUUGUAUGUGAGUGCACGCGACAAUAUAUAGCGUCCCAUUCCUUGUACUAGCCAGGGCCGUUGUGCGAAUUGUAUUGUUUUUCUCUAUAGACGUUUCCUGUCGUAUUGUGCGCCUGGUUUAUCUAAGUAUUCUCAAAGUCCAAUGGAAUUAUCAGACCGCUUAGCAAAUUUCCAUCCAGAACUUACCAUCCCUCUACUUGCAGGUAUAUAAAUUUAUUAAGAAUAUAUAUAUUAUAGUAUGAAAUUUACUUUCUGUGAUUAUAAUACCUUGCAAACUGGUAAUGCGUGCACCAAGGCCCGAUUUUGCUGGAAAUGGUGGGGGAAGUGGAAAAAAUUUGACGAGGUGCAGCGCUGUAGCUCACCGCAUGGAAUGUUAGGGCUUAGAACGUACCCCCCCCCCCCCUAAAAUCAACUACGUGACGUAUGCAUGUACUGUACAUAUGUAUCAGUUUAUUUAUCAUUGUACAUAUGUAUCAGUGUAUAAAGUGUAUAUUCUUUUUACACAUUUCAUUAAAAGGAUUCUUGACAUAAAAAUUUGUCAAAUUCUCACUUUGGUAUAUCAUUUAACCUUGCCCAAGGUGCAUGACUUUUCACGGGAGGUGCGAAACGAUCUCUCAGGGGAGGUGAGCACUUCCUCACACCUCCCCUCAAAAUCCGGCCAUGGUGCUCACAGUUUCCAACAUGUGAAGGGUGCAUAGUUUCAUAUAUUCGAAUGUAAAUAAAGCUUCCAGCGUUCUGACCACUCGCUAAGCUUGUAGGAUUCCCGAUUGAGACAUGCCUGAUAACAUUCAGAAUGAUCACAUUUUUUUAUUGUUUUGUUUUCACAGAACUGACCUACAGGUUUGAGACUGCACCUUUUGCCUACCAACGAAUUAUCCUAAAAUAUAUGUUACCGUGGCUAUGUAAUGUGCAGUUAGUAGAUAUUGCGUCGAACAGAACAACGCUCAAUCCACGAGACGCUCCCGAGGAAGAUCUAGCCAAUAAUACUGAUAGAGAGAAUCCAUUACCUCAUGUGGAGAUGACAGGUGAUGGAUGGGGUUCAAGCAAAGCUACUCAACUUGUUCUUAAUAAUCUAUUCUAUCUAACUGUCAAGGUACUUGUUUGAGAUUUAACAAAUAUAAAACAUUUUCCUUGUUGAUAUACAGUUAUAUUCAACACGAGCGGAAAUUAGGAAAACGAGAAAAUCGGAAAUUGGAACGGAAAAUCGGAAAUUCAAGGGUUCAAACAAAGCUACUCAACUUGUUCUUAAUAAUCUAUUCUAUCUAACUGUCAAGGUACGUGUUUGAGAUUUAUAUCAACACGAGUGGAAAUUGAGAACAAGAAAUUGUGUGGAAACACAACGCGCGAAGGGCGGAGUGUUUUCACACAAUUUCGAGUUUUCCCAAUUUCCACGAGUGUUGAUAUAACUGUACAGUAUAUCAAUACGGGAAAAUGUUAUAUUUUUUAUAAUAUACCACAAAGAAAUAUAAAGAAAGAAAUUUUCUGUGUUGACAUUGAGUUCUAUCAACACGGCUCUUAACCAAUCAGCGUUCAGAAUUUACAAAUGCUAUAUUAUAAUAUGUUUUCAUCCGCGUUGGAAUGUGUUGGAUUUGUCUUGCUUUGCCGAGUAAACUGAAUACGUGAUUAGCCCAUUGUAUAAUUUACAGUAUGCGCGAUACAUAACGUAAUUGACGAUUCCCCUUAUUACGUUUUCGUAGCGCUUUGCAUUGUGGUUAUAGUGGUAUCACUGAUAUUCAAGAUUGCUUAUUUUUUGUCCUGACCCGUGCAAGAACUUUUAAAAAAAGCUAGGGUCAGGUGCGCGAUAGCCAAUAGCAAAAUAUUCGCGAAAACAUUCAAUAUUUUCAUUCGAGGCCGCUAUCUUUAUCAGUGAUACCACUAUAACCACAAUGCAAAGCGCUACGAAAACGUAAUAAGGGGAAUCUCGAAUUCGCUGGUGGAGGUACGCAGAGUGCUCUCUCUAGGUUCGUGUUUGUAUUUAUUAUUUGGACACAGGUUAACAUUACACUAUAACAAAUUUCACAGUACAUACUAAACGUAUUUUUUGCUCGAACAAAUGAUGUUAUUGCAUUAUAACAAUAUGAAAGUACAUACUUUCGAAGAAAAUUAGGAAGGUUGUCGCAGUCCUCAGAGGAAGCAUCUUUCAUCUCGCUUCCAUUCUUGUUCUUGACUCAUUCUUCUGAAAAAAGUUAGUCAAUGUUUUGUCGUGAAAUUACGGGUAUUCCCGUGUAAUUGCAACAGGAAAUGGUAAAAAUGGUGGGUUAAGAAACACAUCAACAUAGUUGCUAUUGUAAUCUGUAUAUGAGCGAAUUUUGCGAAAGAUCAGACAAACUUCUUUGUAACAUUGAUAACGAAGUGCUCCCCUACCCUGAAAAAUAUGUUACAGUCUCCUUUUUGUUUUCCUUAUAGUAUGGUGAAGAUUUUAAUGCAGAACUUGAAGAGCUUUGGAGUGCUUUGUCUAACGCAUGGAUUGGAAAUAAUCAUGAGAUUAUGAAUUACCUCAACAUUCUUGCUGGAGUUGCAGGCCAUAGGGAAUUUUUUCCACACGUAAGAAAUUCAUUCAAUAUUUUAUAAGUUUAUGCUUUUAGUUUGUACUGUACAUUUGACCAAGUGGCCGUUACCACAAUCCUUUGCGAAUCUAGAUCAGUCAUCAUAUGUAAAUAUUUUGUAUAUAUGAACGUAAAGACUGACAGCAUUUUCUCUGCCUUAGUUCUCUCAUUCAGACCCAGUGGGCACUUAUACUAUCGCAAUGGUGCCUUCCAGUCACGAUUCAGUGAUCGAAAUGCUGCAUUGUCUCUUCAUUGUUUUGAAAAUUCCAUUCUUCUCCAUUCCAACCAUUCACACGUUUUACAAAAGGGCCUAUUGCAUUUUUCUAUGAUCAUGAAAUUGUUUGGUAGUUGCAUACUUUAAACUACUACUUAUGAGCUGUAUUUUUUAUACUUAUGAGCUGUAUUUUGUAUACUUAUGAGCUGUAUUUUUUAUACUUAUGAGCUGUAUUUUUUAUACUUAUGAGCUGUAUUUUUUAUACUUAUGAGCUGUAUUUUUUAUACUUAUGAGCUGUAUUUUUUAUACUUAUGAGCUGUAUUUUUUAUACUUAUGAGCUGUAUUUUUUAUACUUAUAUGAGCUGUAUUUUUUAUACUUAUGAGCUGUAUUUUUUAUACUUAUGAGCUGUAUUUUUUAUACUUAUGAGCUGUAUUUUUUAUACUUAUGAGCUGUAUUUUUUAUACUUAUGAGCUGUAUUUUCGUUCACUGCACACCUCAACUCUACUCACGGUGUUGAAUUUUAACACUCUGUUCUAAACCCUGGAACAUUUACUGGAAAUUGUUUUCAAAAUCUCCACUAUGGAAAUAGUAUGCUUCCUAAUUGGAAAUAAUUCCAUUGUAAUGGCCAUUCCCAUGCUGUGGAUAUAGUAUGGAAAUAGUGUGGAUAUAACUAUAAGUUCUUUGUAAGGUUGGCAUGGCGAUAAUAUAUGUUAUUGGUUGUGGAAACACAACGUAUAUCUUUUAUUGCAAAAUAAUUAUGCAAUAAUGAAUAUACGUGGUGUGGAUUUAGUGUUGCAACUGAUUUCCAUAGUAUCGAUUUCUCUAUUUUUAGCGAUUAAUGUUGUAUAUCAUUUACAAAUUAUUAGGGUUUUUUUCUACUCUUUAUGCUUCUGUGAACUAGGACAGUAGUUACUAGACAUGGUGAAAUAAGAAUGUGUGAAUUGGGUAUUAACAAGCUAGUUUUGUGACGCCAUUGAAUAAUGUAUUUUUAAUAUUUCAGGCAAAAAGACUUGUUGUGUAUUUAGUCCGCGCCAACAAAGAGGGAACAAUACAAACUCUAAUGGAUGAACUUCAGGUAGGCAAUUAAAUUUUAAAAAUCACAAAGCACGUUAAUAUUAUAUUAGUUCAUUAUCAGACUUUCUAAAUUUCUGUUCUCUAUAUAGUUAACUGAACCAGUCGCCCCUCAGUUUGAACGAUGUGAUCAACCUCCAUAUUACACCAUCCUAUAUAAAGAGCAUUCAGCUUCAAACCUUGCUGAGAGUGACGAAAGUAAAGAAGGAAACAGAAAUGAAAUUGAGAUUAAAAAAGAUAUUGAUGUGAUUGUAGAAAAUGCAGUAGAAAAUGUCGAACAAAUGCCAAACAAUAUAUCAGGUAGUGAAGCAUUAUUUAAAAAUUUUGUAUGUCAUAGGUAACAUGGCUUUACCAGUAGAUUACCAUGUAAACACAAUGUUCUUUUCUGAGGGAAUCCAUGCCUUGGCAAGUUAAGUUCUGUUAUCAAGGCUGCAGAGGGAGCAAGCCAGCACGAGAAGCAAUUUAUUUUCAUCAUAUAGUGUUAUUGGGUGCAUGGUUAUUUGGAGAUAAAAAAUAUUUAAGUGGCAGUCCCGCUAAGAGCGGUCCGACUUUGACUUCGGAAAAUAGAUUUCCUUUAUUUUUUGUGUGUUGAAAGGCAUUGGUAUACAAGUGCCCAAAAUAAAUUUAUUUUUUGAAAAUUCUUUUUUAUGGCUUCGCUAGACGCCGAAACUCGUUUUACCCAUGCAGAGCUAAUUCCAAGCAAAAUCGAAGGUUGAAUUUCGGUAUGAUUGUAGAGCCGCGCUGUGUCAAAGCGCCUGACUAUUUCCAAAUUUCAACUAGAUCAACAAGUUAAGAUACAAUUCAGGUUCCCUGUUCCAAAAAAUAAGAGCAUUUGAAUAAAUUGUGAAUAAACGACAGCGACUUGACGGCAGACCGGUUUUUGCUUCUUGUUCGGUCUACAAAAUUACACUAAAAUCGAAGCUUGAGAUCUCCAAAUGGGGACCUAAAAUUACGCUGAAAUGUGCUUGGCUGUAAUGAUUUAUACUUAUUUUCAGAAGAUCUGAAGAAAAACCUGCGGGUAUCAAUCUGUAUUUGGCGCGAGUUAAGAUUUUCUGGGCCCAUAAUCAAUGAUUUUUGCAUAAUUUAUAGCUAAUUAACAUAUUUCUUGAGGGCGCUAAAAGUAAACAAUUUCUUUCUGACUAACAUAUCUCAGAUGAAAGAGACUACCACAGCUAGUAAUACCCUUUUUGUAAAUAUAGUCGUAAUGUUCUUUUCCUGACACGCUGAGAGAGCUUUGUUUUUGAAUGUUAUGCCACAUUUAUUCAGUCUGACCAGAUUCAUAAAUGUCACGAACUUGUAUAUUUCAAAAAUAUCAGUACCACAAAUCAGAAUUCACAAAGACCGAUUAUUCUUUCCUUGAUUCAGUUGAUGGAUUUAGUUGAUUGAUUUAAAAAACUAUAAGUAUAAUAGAACAUUCCAUGUGUUUCCAUUGCCCCUAUAUAGGGCUAGAAUUUUUAUCAAUAUGUUCUAUUUUUCUGUGGCAACGGCAUAUUAAAGGCAGGUGUAAAAGUCGGAUCGGAUUGCCAGUCCGGGUCGGAUUAGGUCGGAUCGUGCAGGUAUAAAAGUCGGACCGGAUCGCCAGUCCGGGUCGGAUUAGGUCGGAUCGUGCAGGUAUAAAAGUCGGACUGGAUCGCAUUGAUGACCGAAUCGCUAGUCCGGCCGUGCCAAAUUGCCAAAACGAAAAUACACGCUUCACAUGUGAAAUUUGAAGAUGCAGAACUCUGAUCAGAAACAUCUACACUAUUGUUUUCAUUAGACAUUAUACUUAUAUGCAGCUUUAUUAUCACAAAAUUUUAAAAUAGCCAUGGCAAUAGCUGAAUUCCGUCUGGUAUAAGUAUGAAACGAAAACUAUCGGACGGAUAAACUCGAAAAAAUAGGAGACCCUCACCAUCCAAGUUUCUUUUGAACGUUACGAGCAGAAACCCGUCUUGAUGUAUUCGUCUUAUAUAAAUUUAAGACGGAUUUCCGUCUAAGACGAGAAACUCGUCAGACGGAAAAGUUGAAACGCGGAGAACCCGUCGUUAACCGGAUUUAUACCAAGACGAGUUUCUGGUCUGAGACGAGUUUCCCGUCUUGGACGGAAAUCUGUCUUCUAAUAUGAAUUCAGCUAAUGACGCGUAGACGUUAAACAAUGGGCCUCGACUAAUAUAAAGCAAAGCUUAAAGUAUAAUUCACCGUCUUUCCAUAACAUUUUCCCAACACAAGUAAAGGCUUUUAAAGUGCCCCUAACCUGUUGUAUCCAUUAUUCCGAUUUGCCACGCUGUGUAAAUAACGCGGGAAAGAUGCAAACUUCCAUUUGUGUAAGUAACAUUUCCCGGAAUAUCCUGAUAUUUCUAAAUUUUCUAAAGAUCCGACUUGGUCCGACCUAAUCCGACCCGAACUGGCGAUCCGGUCCGACUUUUACACCUGCCUGCAUAUUAACAAAAUACGACACAAAAAUGUACAUUCGAAUGUACGUUUGAAUUGAAUUUACUUAACGCGAAAUAAAUACUAAAAUAGGAAUUUUCUAUGCUGGGUUAGUAAAAGAAAAAGCAUAAUUUUAAUUGUACGUAAUUUCGAUGAAUACUAUAAAAAAAAUUAUACGCAUUGUUUAUAUAAAUUAGCUAACAUUUACACAUUUAUUACGAUAGUAGCGACGUUUGUUUUGGCCAUGUAACAAAAUAUAUAUAAACUAUAAGCAUUCUGAUCGGGUUAUUUAACAAAAAUAUCAAACUUGUGUCUUGUGAAUUUUAAUUCACAAAACUUUUGAAAUUUAUUCUCAGCUAUGGAGCUCACGAACAUAUUUUUUUUCAAAGAAAAAUAUUGAAAUUCGAUUAUUUAUAAAAUUGAUAUUUUUGUUAAAAAUGUUAGCUAAUUUAUAUAAACAAUGCGUAUAAUUUUUUUAUAGUAUUCAUCGAAAUUACAUACAAUUAAAAUUAUGCUUUUUCUUUUACUAACCCAGCAUAGAAAAUUCCUAUUUUAGUAUUUAUUUCGCGUUUAAUAAGUAAAUUCAAUUCAAACUUAAUAAAUAACAUUCUGAUAUGUCGGUCAUAAAUUCGAAUGUACAUUUUUGUGUCGUAUACCGUAUUUUGUUAAUAUGCCGUCGCCACAGAAAAAUAGAACAUAUUGAUAAAAAUUCUAGGCCUAUAUAGGGGCAAUGGAAACACGCGGAAUGUUCUAUUAUACUUAUAGUUUUUUAAAUCAAUCAACUAAAUCAAUCAACUGAAUCAAUGAAAGAAUAAUCGGUCUUUCUGAAUUCUGAUUUCUGGUAUAUUUUUGAAAUAUACAAGUUCGUGACAUUUAUAUGAAUCUGGUCAGACGGAAUAAAUGUGGUAUAACAUUCAAAAACAAAGCUCUCUCAGCGUGUCAGGAAAAGAACAUUACGACUAUAUUUACAAAAAGGGUAUUACUAGCUGUGGUAGUUUCUUUCAUCUGAGAUAUGUUAGUCAGAAAGAAAUUGUUUACUUUUAGCGCCUCUCAAGAAAUAUGUUAAUUAGCUAUAAAUUAUGCAAAAUCAUUGAUUAUGGGCUCCAGAAAAUCUUAACUCGCGCCAAAUACAGAUUGAUACCCGCAGGUUUUUCUUCAGAUCUUCUGAAAAUAAGUAUAAAUCAUUACAGCCAAGCACAUUUCAGCGUAAUUUUAGGUCCCCAUUUGGAGAUCUCAGGCUUCGAUUUUAGUGUAAUUUUGUAGACCGAACAAGAAGCAAAAACCGGUGUGCCGUCAAGUUGCUGUCGUUUAUUCACAAUUUAUUCAAAUGCUCUUAUUUUUUGGAACAGGGAACCUGAAUUGUAUCUUAACUUGUUGAUCUAGUUGAAAUUUGGAAAUAGUCAGGCGUUUUGACACAGCGCGGCUCUACAAUUUACCGAAAUUCAACCUUCGAUUUUGCUUGAAAUUAGCUCUGCACGGGUAAAAUGAGUUUCGGCGUCUAGUGAAGCCAUAAAAAAGAAUUUCAAAAAAUAAAUUGAUUUUGGACACUUGUAUACCAAUGCCUUUCAACACACAAAAAUUAAAGGAAAUCUAUUUUCCGAAGUCAAAGUCAUCGGACCGCUCUUAGCAGGACUGCCACUUAAGACGUAACCGGGAGUUGUUGUGAACUGUAGCCAGCUCGUACCUAUCCGGUCCUGUGAUUCUGAUGUAACACGCUGUACCUACAAGCGCAGUUGGGAAGACCUUAGGACAAGUUCAUUACUCCAUGCACGAAAUAACCCUUAACUUUUGUUUCUGUUAACCGAAAGGCCCAUAUUUCGCAAUUGUAGCUUCUUGCAAAGAUGUAGAUGAGAAAUUCACACCUUAUGAAGAAGACAACAAAGAUAACCCAGGUCCAGUUUCAGAUAAGCUUGACUGGGCCAAAGCUUGGGUGUCCUCUGUACAUAAUAGUCGUCAGCGAUGUUGUACGUCAGGACUGCCAUUACCAAUACCUCUAUCAGAACUUCGCUUUGCUGCUUUGGUUGAUGUAUUGCCUCUACCACAGGUGGUCACACCUUUAUACAGGUACAUGAUAUAUUUAGUGAUGCAAGACUGAGUUUAAAACGACUUUAUUUAUAUUGGUUAGCUGUUCUUCCUAAACGUCCAGUGGAGCCACCCCUUGUUAUUACAGCUGUAUCAGUUCGAGACUGUUCUCCCUUGAGGCACUUACCAUUGUUUCCCGUUUAUUCAGUGAUUUCAAAAAAUACUAGAAUAAGUUCUAAUUUUGGAACAAAGGCACCCUGUAUAAGACAAUUAAUGUUAGUAACUUCUGACUUGCUACCUACAAUCGUAUACUGUGCGAGUUUUAAAAUUCACUAAUAUAGGUCAAUGUACCGUUUGUAUUUAUCACGUCUAUUUUUAUUUAAUUUCAGGUGCAAUUUUUCCUUAAUCCUGCUCAGUGAAGUUAUACGUGAUCAACCAAGAGUGAAUUGGUUACCACAUCUUCCGCUUAUGCUACAUGUUGUCUUUCUAGGUAUACCAUUGUCUACAUUCACAAUCUGUACUGACCAUGUUGGCCAUGUUACCGCGGCCAAAAAUGGAAAAACACGAACGUAGCAUCAUUAUUUAGACAAAGCCGUACAUAGGUUCAUAAAAUAAAGUGUUGCCACUUACAACAGACAGAAUUUCCUCCUAUUUAUGUCGUAAGAAAUUUUGUAAAAUGUAGUUCGUUAAAAUUGGUAAAAGUGGCCUGUCACAAGUAUAUGUUUUGCCUAACUGCAUAGGUAAUGCAUGGGAACCGUAUGGUGUUAAAACGGCUUUAAAUGCCCCCCCCCCCCCGAGAGUUUCUAAUAUAACGUAUUUAAUGUCGGUGCCAAAUAUGAGGGUGUGCUCGCCUUGUAUUUGGUUGUAAAGCAUAGAACAGCAACAGGCAUAGUCUAUUGUUGGCGAGCAUAACUGGAACCGUAUUUUGGGUAUUCUGGGUAAUUGACUGAUACGCACCCUGGAAAUUUAGAAACACUCACAAAAUCUAAAAUUGUAAGUGUAUUUUUAAUGACUUGCUGUUUUGAUUUGCAUUGUAGGUUUCGACCACAGUAAAUCUCUUAUUCACGAACAUUGUAAAAGUUUGCUGGUCAACCUGGCAGUUAUUCUUGUGUUACAAGGAGAUUACUCAAGUAUUGCUCAUGCUCUCAUGAAGUUUCAGUAUUUCUCACAUUGUGCUGCUGACCAACGUUAUAACGCGGGUUCAAGCAUACCGCGUGAUGGCACUGUACUCUCUCUUCCAGAAAAAGAAGACCCAAGUGAAAGGUAUGUAAGGAUUCAUUUUGGCUUGAUUUUUUAUUAAAGUCUCUACACAUAUUGCCAUGGUCUCGCAUGUUGAUAUACAAUAUCUUUGUUGCAGUGACUCGAGUAAAUUAGAGAAUCAAGGUGGAGAAAAUAAUGUUAACUGGACGGAGAAAGUGAAAUGGCUCAUCUGGUAUUUAACGCAGAGGUAUGUCAAGUGUUUUGAUAUCGGAAUAGUUGCUCCGAUUUCCAAAUUAAAUUUGAUGUUAAUCUUUCUAUUGAUGAUAAUGUUAUAUAGGAGUUAUAAAAUAUCAGCAAGUUUAUACAUGCCCAUAGCAUUAUAAACUUAAGUUAAUGAAACAAGCGUUAGGACAAGAGUAAAGUUGUGCAAAGUCUCCUGGAGUACAAAGGUCUGGUACAAAGGUCAAUCUGUGAAUCGUGUGAUCAUACACGUGCAAAGCACAAGGCUGAAUUAACAACAAACCAUUGUCAAAUCUCUUCCCAUGCGCGCGGGAAAAUAGACCAAUCAGGCUUCACCUCUUCGUCUGCAUAGUUUCCUGCUUGGAUCAGUAAGCCUCAUUGUGUCACUUGCAAGCAAAAUUGUAUGACCACUGUGGCAAAGUACUUCAAAAUUACCACCCAUCCCACCCUUCAAGGAUUUUGCACCACUAUAUCAUAACUUGUAUCACAUAAUAAAUAAAAAUCUGUAAAUAUUGUUUUGAUAUGCAAUCCGUCAUCAAGAUUCACAUGAAAUGCAAUUCAUGUAGUGUUCUAGAUAAAGUAUUAUGGAGUAGUUUACUGGUUAAUAUGUUAUUACAGGCACAUCUAUAUUUUGUAAUAUACAGUAUUGGAAUUGACUUUGCAAGUCUGGUUUUAAAAAUAAAAAUAUUUGGUUGUUUGGGGAAGGAGUGCUUCCAAAGGUCACCCUCAACCCCAUAGACUCACACAAAUCAAUGUAUUAUACAGUGUAUUGUAAAGUAAACAAUGACCAUCACGGGGAUCUACUACCCCUUGGACAUUAAAGUAAACAAUGACCAUCACGGGGAUCUACUACCCCUUGGACAUUAAAGUAAACAAUGACCAUCACGGGGAUCUACUACCCCUUGGACAUUUAAGAUGCCCAUCUCAGGGAUCUACUACCCCUUGGGUAAAGUCCAACAUGGGGGAACCACAACCCCCUGAUGACAUAUAAUUAUAUCAUAAUCAUAUUGCUGUAAUAGUGAGUCUGUGGGGCGAAACUUUGGCCACAUUUUAAAGUAUAAUCGGAGCAUUUCUCCUCGACAACCCUUCUCCCACAACAUUGUGUGUGUCAUAGUUGUUUUCUUAAUUGUCCUAGAAUAUUUGCUUAACGAAUUGGUGCAUUAAAUUCUGUUAGUGGUCGAGAGCUGUGUUUCUGUAGCUGGAUAGAGACACGAAAAUAGUCUGAAACAACUUUACCAAAACAAGUAUUUAACUAUUGAGCACCAGCGCUGUCCCUUGACCAAAUCAUCUGGGGUUAGACAGAGUAAAAUAGCAAAGUAGGGCGCACUAAGACGCAAUCUAACGUGGUUCGUUAUUUAUAACUAGACAGAUGGGCAGAUGAUGUGCUGGAAAGAUUUUUUCUGCGCUUCGCUUGGUUGCGAGAGCCUUGCACCGGAAUCGCAGGCCCGAUUCCUGCCAGAGGACCUUGUGUUGCAUUUUUCGCAACCGUUCCUGGUCAUAUCGUCACUUGGAUUAUUCAUCGACUUCAAAUGAUAGUCUGAUUAACCCAUUGAGCGCUCUCCAUCCCCUUGACGAAUAAAAUCGUCUGGCAUUAGAUUUAGUAACGUUGAGUUAAUCUUGAAACAAUCUUGAUUGUAUUUGUUUUUGUAGCGAGGGUAAACCUCUGUGGAGUUUUGAAGACAUAACAGCAAAAUGUCAUGAUAUAAGAAGUGCUACAGAGUUAAGUGAUUUCCUGGUACGAGUCCUGGAUAUAUUUGACAGCAAUUUUCAAGGAAGUGAUAUCCGGGGUAGUUGGGCACGAGUUGCGUCUAAAUGGGCCAUUUCAUGUUCAUCACGACAUUAUGCAGGAAGAUCGUUUCAAGUAUUACGUGGUUUAGCAGUCCAGUUAUCUUGGUCAGUUCUGUCGGAUAUUUUAUCGCGUCUUGCAGAGUCCAUUGGAGAUAAUAACGAAGAUGUUCAGGUAUGAUCACCAUUAAAUAUUGGUAUGUCACUGCAAAAAUCCCCGAAUGUUUUGACUCAAAUAUUUGAGAAAAAUAUGCACCCACUGCAGUGACUCGCAAAUUUAUGAGUAAAUUUACUCAAUUUUGCGAGUUAAGUUUCAAAUUUGAGUAAAGAUUUACCUUUCCAAAAAAUAAGAAAAUAUGCUCAUAAAUUAUUUUACACGAGUUUUCUGUUCAGUCAAAAUACUCAGGGAUUUUUUGCAGUGUAGGGGAUUGGUAGAGACGUAGAAUGUUCUACCGCCUGUCUGUCCCUAUUUAUACAGUUCUCAAGUGUCUGUAAGGAAGUAGGUGUACAUGGUGUGGGUGUGCUAAUGGUGUUUACUUGUGGCUGAGAGUUUAUAAGCUUAAUUGUGAAGGGCGUAGCUCAAAUCUGAUCGAGUUCAAGGCGUUCUAAGCCACCUCUGGCAGCCACCUUAUAACUCAUGUCUGGGAGGGUUAGUUUGAGGAUAACUUGGGCGAAGGGAAUAUACCCUUCCACAUGUCACCACUGCAAAUUAGCUCUGUGCCAUUAUCAAUAUGCAACUUAGUCAAAAACAUUAUUGGCAACGUGUUUAGCAUCGUUUCGCAUAACAUGAAUCAAUUGGCUUUUUCCUCAGGGUUAUGUAAUGGAAAUACUGCUAACAUUAGAUUCAGUGGUUGAACAAUCUGGUGAAAAUCACGUCAAAGCUAAAGUUGUAAUUCUCAAUGUGGGAGAUGAAGAGGAUAAUGAUGAGAAAGACAAUGGUCAACAAAUGCUUGGAACAUCCUCCCCAGAAAGAUCAUUUCGUAAUUUAUCAAAUAAAUCAUCCGGUGGUCACAUUAGAUCAUUGAGCAGUGGUUGUGAUCUGCGCGGAAGAUUUAGUCAAUUUGAGGCACUCUCUCCGAAAACGAGGAGUGUCAGUCUUCAGUCAUUACGUCUUACAAAUGACAACACUACAACAUUGAGUCAAACAGACUUACUAUCAAGAAUAUUCUGGGUUGCUGCAUCGUUGUUGGAGUCUGAUUAUGAACACGAGUUUGUCAUGGCUGUUAAACUCUUAUCAAAGGUAAUUGUAACAAAUAUUUUUUGUUUGUAAUCACGUGAUUAUCUAGUAGUACAAUAAAGUUUUUAAUACACGUUCUCUCUUGCAGGUGUUAAACAUAAUAGAUUUGACUCACAGAAGUACGCUGGAACGUCUCGAAUCACUUCUUUAUAAAUUAAAAUGGUUCCAGUUUUCUGGUGUACAAAUGUUGCUGCUCAAGGUAACUCAUACUGUACAUUCACGAUUUUCAAAAUUGUAUGACUUGUACCAGUCCAGUUGCUUAAGAAAAAUAUGUUACUACGCCAGAUUAUAGCAGCCUUUCUGCAAUUCCACAGAAAGAGUACUCGAAAAUAUGUAAUCAGAGAGGGACAACCACCUAUAAUGUGGUGCGCUGGUGGAUGUCAACAAAUUUCCUUUAACGAAACUAUUUUAGACAUUAAGAAAAUGAUUACUAUCAUUAGAUUGAUUAGAUUGACGCUGCAAUAACCUCUAUUCUAUGAUUCAACUUUAGAUUAUUGAUAGAAUUGUUCAUCUCAUCCUCUAGUAACAUAUUUUGAGGCUAACACGAAGGUCCAAUAUAUUUCUGUCACUUCUUUAUCAGUAGGGAGUUAUUGCUGUCAGCCGUAGGAAGAAGAGUUGUGUGAGAAAUAUGGUGCCUUAACUUACCUUAGAAGUCCUUACGUCACGUCACUGUCAGACAAUGAAUAUUUGACCCACAUAUAUCCCACAUUGCAUUGCGUGUACCUAAUGUUUUGAUGGAUUGAAAAUUGCGUAACGUAAGCACUUAUAAGGGUUAUUGGGCUUCUCGCGAUCUUGCCAUUGUAAGGACCAAAGCAACUAUGCUUUGCUACAACAUAUGGACAGUGCUUAUAUCUAUUCUCCCCGGAUUUCUUUAUUCAUAGGGCUUGACAUCCGCUGCUACAAGUGCUCCAACCAUUGAGUUAAUCAAAAAUACAACACCCUACAGUAAUAUUUCUAUUAUGGACGUCUCAGAGUAUUCAGGUUUGUGUUUAACACAUCCACUAUCUGUAUAUUAGUAAAUAAGAACAGCAGGUUGAAACUAAAAUCAGCUGAAACUAAAAUUAACUAAAAUUAAUCAUUCAUCUAGGUGUGGCUCUGAGUAUCCUGGCUUUAUUGCCUUACAUGAUUCAACGUUUUAAUGAACCAGAUGAGUUUUGUUUAAGUUGUGCAGCAACCGUCGGUCAGGUAAGAUCUGCAUGUUGUGUUCAUGUCGGAGGGUCGGUAAGAUCUGCAUGUUGUGUUCAUGGCGGAGGGUCGGUAAGAUCUGCAUGUUGUGUUCAUGGCGGAGGGUCCGUAAGAUCUGCAUGUUGUGUUCAUGACGGAGGGUCGGUAAGAUCUGCAUGUUGUGUUCAUGACGGAGGGUCGGUAAGAUCUGCAUGUUGUGUUCAUGACGGAGGGUCGGUAAGAUCUGCAUGUUGUGUUCAUGACGGAGGGUCGGUAAGAUCUGCAUGUUGUGUUCAUGACGGAGGGUCGGUAAGAUCUGCAUGUUGUGUUCAUGGCGGAGGGUCGGUAAGAUCUGCAUGUUGUGUUCAUGGCGGAGGGUCGGUAAGAUCUGCAUGUUGUGUUCAUGACGGAGGGUCGGUAAGAUCUGCAUGUUGUUUCAUGGCGGAGGGUCG